UGUUGAACUCAAAUUGAAAGUGGAAAUGGCGCGGUAUGCAACAGUGCCAAAAAUAACGAUUCAGCUGUUAAUGGUUCAGAGUUUAAACUAGAAGAUCAAAAAAGUACAAGCGUGUCGACGUAAUGCAGGUCAUCGUCGGGUUACCCUUCCAGCUGUUUGUAUGAGAAGAAUGUUAAAGUCACAACAGGUUGCUAAGCGUCUGGUUUCCCAGUAGUGACUUCAGGCAUGGACGAUGUCGACCAACGGGAAAGUCAUCCCGCACACCCCGCUGGCCGUGGAUUUCUGGCAGCUGCGGAAAUGUCCGGGCACCCGGCUGUUCUUCCUGAGCCACAUGCACAGCGACCACACGGUGGGGCUGAGCUCCACCUGGAGCCACCGGCCCAUCUACUGCUCCCCCACCACCGCCGCUCUGCUGAGGGCUAGACGGAAGGUGAAGGAAGAGUGGAUCCAUCCUCUUGAACUUGGUGAGCCAUAUCUGCUUCCCCUGGAUGACAUAGGCAAGGAGCAGCUCACAGUCACGCUGAUAGAUGCCAACCACUGCCCAGGAGCUGUCAUGUUUCUCUUUGAGGGCUACUUUGGCGCAAUAUUAUACACCGGUGACUUUAGAUACACUCCUUCAAUGCUGCGUGAAUCUUGUUUGAGGACCAACAUCACUAUAGAUGUCCUGUACCUGGACAACACUAACUGUGACCCCAACCGUACUCUGCCAUCCAGACAGAAAGCCACUCAACAAAUCAAAGAGAUCAUCCGCAGCCACCCCAACCACAAUGUUGUUAUAGGUCUGUACUCUCUGGGUAAGGAGUCCCUUCUGUUGGAGUUGGCGAUGGAGUUUAAAACCUGGAUUGAAGUGAGUUUUGAGCGAAUGGAGACCCUCAAAGUUCUGGAGCUUCCUGACGUCUUCACUACUGAGUCAGGCGCUGGCCGUAUCCGAGUCGUAGAGCAGUCUGAGAUUUGUGCUGCAUCUGUGUGCCAGUGGAACAAAGAAGAGCCUACUUUGGCCAUUUUCCCCACCAGCAGACCCAUCAUCUCCUACCACCCCAGUGUCUACGUAGUGCCCUAUUCAGACCACUCCUCUUAUCAAGAGCUAGAGGAUUUUGUCUCUGCUCUGAAACCUACUUCCCUUGUGCCCAUUGUAGGAACAGUUUUACCUGGAAGUCUUUCUGCCUUACAGCCAAACAAAAAGUGUUAUGAAAUUCUGGUACCUGAGUCAGUCCGACAGUAUAUGUUGGGAGAGCCUGAGAUGCAGCUUACCUUGUCAGAAUACACUAGCCUUCGCCGCAGGCCCUUGAGACCUCUUGCCCCCAAAGGAGUCAUAUUUGAUUCACCUGUAAAGUUACCAGUAGGUGGAGAAGCUUGGGAGGCAGACAGCCUGAACCAAGAAGAAGAAAUGGAUGUGGAAAAUAGUGAACAACAGUCUGACUGUAUCCUUUUGGACCCAAUCAAGAAAAUCACCCCCAGCAGAAACCGAGGACGAGCCAGAGACAUCUGGAACUUGAACGUUGUCCGUACGGUUUCGAAUGAAAUGGCGAUGGCAGAGUCGGUGCCACUGAGUCAACUCACACCAAGCAGCUUUCCUCCAAUGGAGAUUCUGAUGAACACUGAGGCCUGCCUGAAGCCCAUAGGUACAAUUCCUACUGAAACAAAAUUCAAAAUGAUAAAUAAUCAGCGUACAGGAUAUGGUAAUGUUCAGAAUAAAUAUGUUUUGUCAGAUGGGGAUAGCAUGAGUCAGCACAGUGGGAAUGAUCAGAAUGACGGUCUAUUUUGCAACAGUCCUGACAGCGCCUCCUGUGCUUCAUCCAGCUCCUUGAUUGAGCUGCAGCGAGAUUACAUAGACGAGCUUGAAAACAGACUUCUAGAGUGUCUUCACUUCUCAGAGGAAGACAUUAAACACAGAGGACUUCUGUCACAGAGCUUUGUGCAAAAGUUCACCCUCUCACCCUUAAUAAAUUUAGAGGAGGAAAAUGAGGACAUCUGACACGGAUGCAUGAAUAUAAGAUCAAUGGUUUGGUCUUAUUUGAGUUGCCAUUUUUAUUUCUAUUGGGAAAAAAGCACCUUAAACUACUUAUAUCAAGUUUGUUCCCUAUUUUACGUUCUUUCCGGUAUUUCAUUGGGAAGCUGGACAUUUUAAAAGGAAAAAAAGGAGGGUUGUGAUCACAGCCUCACUGGUCUUGGACUACUUUUGUGUUCUCAAAGACAUGGGAACAAUCCUUUCUUGUGUGUUUCAUUAAAAACAAUUUUAUUGUUGUGAUGGAGGGUCUUAAUGUUAUUGUUUUUAUAUUAUGGAUGAAGGAGAGUUGCAUAACUCACUGUUGAAUAACUGAAAAGUCAUCCUUGGGGUAUUUGCAACUUUGCUGGAUGGACCUAACAGCACCAGUCCGCACUACGGUCUCAAACCAGCAGGAAGCCGUGCUUGGCUGCAGUCCCACAGCCAGCUCCUCUUAUCCACUGUCCUCACUGACCUAAGCUGUUCUGCAGACUAGAGAUACAUCUGUGCCAAGCUUUAUCUUUCCAGUCUUUUGUAGCUUUUCACUAAAGCUUUGUGAUGUUUGAAGUUUUGUGUCAUACCAGUGUAUAUAUCAGCCCAGUAUUUGCUAUUAAUGAUGUUAUAACUCCUAUAUACUUGUGGUGCAGCAAGACAAGACUGGUUAAGGGAUGUACAAAAUAAAGUCCCAGCCAAGUCAGUUAUAAAAUGUGAAAAAAAAAAAAAAAAAAUUGUUCAUUUAAAUAGGUUUGCGUUACAUAAUAGUGUCUCUGAAUGGUGUUCCUGCUAUAGUGUGAGCUGUGUACUGCUUUUUCUACUCUCCUUUUACAUGUUUUAUAUUUCAAUUUGACGAAGUAUGGAAGCUUCACACUCUACUGCAAUAAUAAUCAAUCUAUUAAUAAUUUCUAAACUGCACAAGCUAAUAAGAACUAUAAAACGUUUUUUAUAUAUGUAAUGCAAUGUACCUGUACAAUGUACCCUGAUUUGACAUGUUAACGUUUGAACCCUCAAUCCUCUCUUAACUACUUGUAAGUAUUCUGAGAGAGAAAUAAUCAUACUGCCUAGUAAAUCUGAAAUGCAACCUGCAUAUUUGAAUUUCCCUUGAGAUUAAUAAAGUAU